CAACGUGGACUCAGAGGAGGAAGCAGGAAUGAAAGACAAUAGAAACCUCCACAAAAAGCACGCAUCUAGAUGCUCCUAUAGUCUUUUGAUAUUUUCCUACACUUAACAUAAGGUUUUUGGUCAAGAAAGAUGGCCACCUCAGCAAGUUCAAAACUGAACAAAGCUGUUAAGCAGCAGUACAUGGACCUCCCUCAGGGGGACAAGGUCCAAGCCAUGUACAUCUGGGUCGAUGGUUCUGGAGAGGGACUGCGCUGCAAGACCAGAACAUUGGAUUCUGAACCCAAGUCGAUUGAGGAUCUACCUGAGUGGAACUUCGACGGCUCCAGCACCUUUCAGUCAGAGGGCUCCAACAGCGACAUGUUCCUGAUCCCCGCCGCCAUGUUCAGGGACCCGUUCAGAAAGGACCCCAACAAGCUGGUGCUCUGCGAGGUACUCAAGUACAACCGCAAGCCAGCAGAGACCAACCUGCGUCAAACCUGUAAACGGAUCAUGAGCAUGGUGGAGAAUAACCACCCAUGGUUCGGUAUGGAGCAGGAGUACACUCUGCUGGGCACGGAUGGACAUCCCUUCGGCUGGCCCUCCAACGGCUUCCCGGGUCCACAAGGGCCUUAUUACUGUGGAGUGGGAGCCGAUAAGGCGUAUGGACGAGACGUAGUGGAGGCGCACUACAAAGCCUGCCUGUACGCCGGGGUUGACAUCUGUGGCACCAAUGCUGAAGUCAUGCCAGCUCAGUGGGAGUUCCAGGUCGGGCCUUGUGAAGGUAUCAACAUGGGGGACCACCUGUGGGUGGCUCGCUUCAUCCUUCACAGAGUGUGCGAGGAUUUCGGCGUGGUGGUCUCCUUUGACCCCAAACCGAUCACAGGGAACUGGAACGGCGCCGGCUGCCACACCAACUUCAGCACAAAAGAGAUGCGAGAGGACGGCGGACUGAAAGUCAUCGAGGAGUCGAUCGAGAGGCUGGCGAAGAGACACAUGUACCACAUCCGGGCCUACGAUCCCAAAGGCGGGCUCGACAACGCCAGGCGCCUCACUGGCCGCCACGAGACCUCGAGCAUCGACGAGUUCUCGGCCGGCGUGGCCAACCGCGGCGCCAGCAUCCGCAUCCCUCGCGCGGUGGGGCAGGACAAGAAGGGCUACUUCGAGGACCGCCGUCCGUCCGCCAACUGCGACCCUUACAUCGUCACGGAGGCUCUGGUGCGCACGUGUUUACUCAAAGAAGAGGGGGAGGAGCCCACAGAUCAAAGCAAAUGAACAGUCUUAAGACCAGGUGUCUUUAUCAGUACAUGUCUAUUUCCAGACUUUACGGAUCGAUCUUUACCAUUCUCUAUUUGUUACUUCACCGGUGAAAUAAUAAUUGGGUUAUUCCUGCAGCAAAUCUUUACCUCUGG